UUUCGUUGCCUUACCGAUCUUCAAGAACGUCUCCCAAACAAUCAGAACCCUACUCACUGCUCGUUCUUCAGCACAAUCCUACCAAAGCAGCCAGUACAGCACCCAAAAAAACCGAUUUCGGGUACCUCCGCAACACCGCUAACGCCAGCGCAACAAUCAUCGCGUCUACCGUGGACUUGGUCAACCCUUCGACUGACCCGAAGAAUUGCACCACACUGGAGAAGAACUCCUAGCGAAGAAGCCUGCAUCAUAUGUGUGCACCACCGUCUAAUGAUUGGCUUUGACCUGGUCUGUGCGCCGCACGCAUCGAUAAUGGCCGCAGCUGGCGCGUGCUCGCGAGUUGCGCCAAGGGUUGACCUCUUUGGUGAAUCCUUGGUCCGAAGACUUGGAACGGUGCACUGGGUUGUUGUUUUUAGUAUAUAAAGUGUUGGUCUGAGUUGGGAUUGGAGUACAGUUCAAUUGAAAGAUUGCACCAGUUUGAAGUGUGGAAGACUUUAGCGAGUGAAUUCAAGAUGAAGUGCGUUAUUGUUGCUGUGUUGGCUCUGAUCGCUCUGGUUUCGGCUCAGGAAGCAGAACAGUACACUACCAAGUACGACAACAUCGACCUGGAUGAGAUCCUGAAGUCCGACCGGCUGUUCAACAACUACUACAAGUGCCUGAUGGACGAGGGUCCGUGCACCCCGGACGGUAAUGAGCUGAAGCGCAUCCUGCCGGAAGCUCUGCAGACCAACUGUGCCAAGUGCAGCGAGGCUCAGCGGGCCGGCGCGAUCAAGGUGAUCAACCACGUGAUCGACAACCGUCCCGAGCAGUGGAAGGCCCUGCAGGCCAAGUACGACCCGGAGAACAUCUACGUCGAAAAGUACCGCACCGAGGCGGCCGAAGCCGGAAUAGCGCUGUGAGGAAGAGUCGCUCUUAUAGCUAGUGCAUCCAAAGGAUUUGUGAUGAGUAAUUGUGUGUAAUGAUUGCGCUUUGUUUAGUUUGCAAAAUUUUCGGCAAGUGCCUGUGAUUCCUGGAUCUCAAAAUUUGUUUGGUA